AAAUUUUUCGGCGACUAUUUAGAAAAGACGAAGAAGGGCCAGCUCACCCCCAACUAUUUAAAAACCCUUUGCUAUCUUUUAAUUCAAUUUUAAUAAUCGCCAUCUGAAAUUGGAAUACAGAUACAGAGAACCCAAAGCAAAAGUAGUUGAUCUGAAUUGUGAAUAGUGUGUUGGCGAAGAAAAAGUUGACCUGAUCUGAAAAUUCUGAGAAAAUGGAGACAGUGAUGGAAGAAGAAGAAUACAACUACAGAGAAGUGAGGCUUCCUUCUCUGAUACCAGUGGUGCCGGAGCCAGAACUUGAGAGAGAAACAGGGGAAAGGAGAAGAGGAAGGGAUAUACUAAUAGCCAUAGAUCAUGGUCCUAACAGCAAAUAUGCCUUUGAUUGGGCUCUCAUCCACCUUUGCAGGCUCGCUGAUACCAUCCAUCUCGUUCACGCAGUUUCUGAUGUGAAGAACCAAGUUGUUUACGACAUAACCCAGGGGCUGAUGGAGAAAUUAGCGGUCGAGGCUUUUGAAGUCGUAAUGGUGAAAUCAGUAGCUCGGAUUGUGGAAGGUGAUCCUGGAAAAGUAAUUUGCAAGGAAGCAGAGAGGAUCAAACCUGCAGCUGUGGUAAUGGGGACCAGAGGCAGAAGCUUGAUUCAAAGCGUAUUGCACGGAAGUGUUGGUGAGUACUGCUUUCACCACUGUAAAGCAGCACCUGUUGUGAUUGUUCCUGGAAAAGAUGCCGGGGAUGCGUCAAUCAUCUAGUGGAAUUAUGUUGUAAAAGAGUCUGUUUUGUAUAUUGGCUUUGUUUGAGUAUAUAGCUAACUUCAUAUACUAGUGUGAAGAUUGAUUCUAAUUCAUUGGAACAAAAAAUGAACCUCAUGUGGUGUGUUUUGUUUUGUGAUAACCCACUUUUCAGUUCGGAAAUUCACGAGUAUUUUACUUCGUUUUGCAAGUAAGAAGUGUCCACAAAUAUGGUAGUUGGAGAAUAUAAUUUUCUGGAACUUAAUAAUUGUUUGGCUGCCUAUG